CUGAUAAAAAUACUGAUUUGCAUUCUUUAAGUAAGUAUUGGGUGUUCAGUCUUCAUUAGCACUGACUGUACUUUAUAAAACUAGAUUUGUCACAGUGACCAUGGUAACUGGCGAAAUUUUUUUCUGGGUCAUUGGCUGUGCAGCUGAGUAUUACUUAGCAUAGCUAUUUACAGAAGUCAUAAAUGAAAAUCCUGAUACUGUCCCUAGCAGUGACAAUAUCAAUUAUUUGGAUAUAGGUAAAGCUUCUAGUCAAACGUGUUUAACCGUGGCCUUAGCUCCAUAGAGUUGAUGUGUAGUGUCUUUAAUAAGCACUUCUGACUAUGUUCUUGGGAAUGGAUUUUAUUUUGACAAGCAAGUAUUGAACAGGGUUUGUUGUAUCUCCCUAGAUGAAAACAAGGAGUGGAAAUUUGUAGUACAGUGUGUACUUUUGAAAACAGAUGGCAGAGGGUGGUGGCAGGGUUAGGUCAAGGGUUGAUGUUCUCUUUCUUUCCGGGACCUUCUCCCUCUGAGACAAGGUGGGAUGCCACUAUUUGGGAGUCUCAUCCAGCCUUGAGAAGAAGUAAACCAGAGGCUGUCCCCCCCACACCCCCCUGUAGUCAGUCUGACUCUUCAGAUUGCACUGCAGUGACUCCUUCCAAAGUUCUGGUUUUCAUCCUUCUGUACGCUGUCGCCAUGACCCUGACAAAAGGUUCCUUCACCUACUCCAGUGGGGAGGAAUAUCGUGGCGAGUGGAAGGAGGGCCGCAGACAUGGCUUUGGUCAACUGAUAUUUGCAGACGGCGGCACCUACCUGGGUCAUUUUGAGAAUGGGCUCUUCAAUGGCUUCGGGGUGCUGACCUUCUCAGAUGGCUCAAGGCCUGCUGACUUUCCCCGACGGGUCCCACGGAAUACCCCGCAACGAAGGCCUGUUUGAGAACAACAAGCUGCUGCGGCGGGAGAAGUGCUCCGCGGUCGUUCAGCGGGCGCAGAGCGCC